UAUAUGACACCAAAGAUCUCGGAUUCAUAUACGAUGACAAUCGAUUCACGCGCACGGAAGCCACUACAUGCUUUAAUGUAUAUUCACAAUUACACAUUUCUUUAUGUUUCAGUAUUUCUUCAAGUCUUCAACGCUAGUAUAUACAGUCCAAUGCAUACAGUAUUAUUUUGAUAAAUUAUACCCGUGAGCGUUUGACCCCGCCAUGAUACACCCUGGAUACGGUCACUGCCGGAAAUACUCCAGUAGUCCGCCACGAGCCUAUUGACUGUCUUGCGUGCAUACGAUCUGCACACGGCGUUACCCUAGAUGUUUUAUGGAUAAGUUUAUUUUACGGCCGUGAAAACACCGCAAAUGCUCACGCGGGUUCAUCCAAUAAUAUUCCCUGCAAGUAUACUGGCACCGGGGCUGCUGUAUCUUUUACACCGGAUAAACAUCAUGAAGUUUCUGGGAAGCACUAAAUCUACGCGUAACAGUAAAACUGCAUGUAUUACAGUACCGGUCGGCGUUGUGUAUACACCGUACUGCAUACACCGAGAGUGUUCUCUGUAAGCGGCGACGUUUUCCGCCGGUGCGGCUUGUUACCGUGCGAUUAACACGUACAGUAACAUCCUUAAUCAUCCAGCAGCACGGAGAUCCACAACCGUCAGCCACGAUCACACAACAUGCAGCGCCAGCGCCGUCCGCGUCUGAUCGCGGCCGGCACGAAGUAUAAACACGCAAGCCGUGUCGAUUUAGCUCUUCCUCCUCCCAAUCAAACUUCCGGCCAUAUGUGAACUUCUGUAUAUGCAUAUAUAUAUCUCGUGUGCCUAAGCGGCACAUGCAAGCGCUUUUUCUGUACGCAUUGCCCCAUCCAUCGGGCAUGCCCAGUACGUCAGCGCUGUACGCCGGCGAGAGGCUGGAGUGGACUGAGAAAGGGAAGAGAUGCUCAUACUGCCGUGUACGACGGUCGAUACGCGCUGCAGGCAAUGCAGCUGGCGUUGUGUGGCACUGGCUACGGAUUUCUCAUGCUUAACCCAAAACGACACAUACACACCAGCAGCGCACCAUUUUAUCGUUUUGCUCUCCUAUGUGUUUUUUUUAUCACGAACCACCGCUAUGCAUCGUUUGGCACUAUCCGAUUCCACAAUUAACCAUGUCAUGCGCGCGCUACCUUCGCGAUCGUGUUCGUAAUCGUUAUACGUAGUUCUGACCAAGAAUAGUCUUUUCUCGGCCAUUUUUUAAAUCGGAAGUCUUCAGAGAAAUGUUUAACCAUUGAAAAUUUCAAGCUCGCUUUUCUUCUUUGCUGUGGCGAUUUAUAAUUGUGAUUGACAUGUUAGAAUCCCGGAGAAUAUUGCCAUGAUGUUAAUGACAUGAUGAACUGCCGUCGGCGCCACUUAUUUUUAUAACAGCUUAACAACAGCCUAUUCUGGAAUUCAUAAAAAUGCAUGAAAAGGAACGCGAUAUGUAGCCUUUUUUGUGUGUCUAGAAAUUUUUCAUAAAGAAACUGAGCUUUUCCUUUGUUGCCUCUUCCGGAUAAUCGUCGUCAGUAACAAUACAUACGCACGUUGUACUCAUCUUUGGGCCACUACAUAUGCCAUUAGCAUCUCCGAUUGGCUAAUUUUACUGAAUGGAAUGCCUGGCGCGGGCGUCGAUGAUGGGCCAACAUCGGCACCAACAGCACCGUCAGCCACCACCCCGCCGGGCGGGUCCGUUAACAACGGUCAAGCCAGCCGCGGUCCACAGCCGGUGAUCACCGCGGGGCGUGCCCCGGGUCCCCUGUACACGGCCCCGCCCAAGACCUACAUCUACACCGGCCAUUCCCACGGUAAUCACCAUCACCCUACCCACAUCCCGCUGCAUCCCCAUGGCCAGAACAGUGCCGGACAUCAUCCGCAUCAUCAUCUGCCCGGCCAGGGUAGUCAUGGGCAUGAUCUGUCUUUCGAACGCAAGUGCCUCUUGGCGGCCACAUCGGCCACGGUAAUUGGACUAAUCCUCAUGAUUGUGGCGGUGACGACCGACUAUUGGCUGAUUGUGACGAAUCCUGGCGGAGCCUAUCUGUCGCACGAUAAGCUCUUUCGAAUGUCCAGUCAUUCCGGUAUUUGGAGAAUAUGCAAUAUCGACUUUCGUAAUGAAACGUAUCCCUAUCGUAUUGACACCCAGUGCAAGCGGCAUAUGCUUUUUCCAUCCGAAUUGGAAGCAAUGCAGAACCAACAUGAAUUUGACACAAACAGUUUAGAUUACACGCGCAGUGAAGUGGCCUUCUCCACAAUCGCACUGAUAUUAAUGAUCUUCGGUCAGGGAUUUGCUUUCUACAGUUUCAAAGAGCGGCGUUACAUGUUUAAACGCUUAACCGGCUUCCUGCAUAUCCUGUCCGCUGUGUGUUGUCUGAUUUGCAUUGAAGUCCUUGUGAGUUCCGUAACGUACGAGAAGCAGCAUCUUCCAACCAGACAUCCGGCAACCGCUGUAUCGCACUUUGGUUUCUCCUUCGUGUUGGCCUGUGUCGCGUGUGCGGCAUAUUUUGCUGCCGGCAUUAUUUUUCUGGUGUUUUCCCGUAAAAAGAAAGCCGAUAAGAGUGUGACGGAAAUGAAGACAUUAGCCGAUGAUGAACUGGACCAGAUUGAUGCGGAUGCCCCGAUGACAUUAGGACGAUGAUGGAAUUAUGCUACCGGUGAAAAUCUAUAAACGACAGCGCGUAUAACCGGGCACAGACAACACAGAGCUCAGCCGACAACCGGAAAUCAGUCGGCUAACCUUUCCUGAAAAUCCUGACCAGUUGGUCGCCAAAGUUCCUCCAUAACGCUAUCUUUCGUGAUAGAGACAACCAAUCGUUUCUUUUUUCGAGCCUUUCCGUACCAAUUUGUCGUAAUAUGAACAAAAUACUCGGUAAUCUGUGCACUUUAUAGGGUUGACUGAUUAUUACUUUUUGUUCUGUAUACAUUUAUUAUGAUAUAUAUGUAGCAGAUUUUCCUAGUAGUGACGGUUAUUUUUGGUCCUAUGAGAAACUAUGGUUAAUUUUAUUACUUCACAAUGAUGAUUCAUCUACUGAAAUGCUUCCUUAAUUAGCGUACACUUAAUAAAGUUACUGUAUAGUG